UAUAACAUACACAGUCUCUACACACAAGUAAAAAUUCAUAGCUCAUGGCUAUUAGAAAAACAGUUACUAUUUUUUGUUUCAUUGUUUGGCAGCUGCCUCUGCUUCUGCUACUAUCAUUAUCAUGUCACCUGAACUUGGCUUCCGCUAUCGGUGGCAAGUGGGAGCUACUAGUGUCCAGCAUUGGCAUUUCCGCCAUGCACAUGCAACUCCUCAACGACGAUAAAGUCGUCGUGUUCGAUCGUACUGACUUUGGUGAAUCCAACAUUUCGUUGCCCACUGGCAAAUGCCGCAACAACAAUAAUGACCUUGCUUUGAAAGUCGAUUGCACUGCUCACUCCGUCGAAUAUGAUGUGUCCACCAAUUCUGUACGUCCCCUCAUGGUCCAGACCAACGUGUGGUGCUCCUCUGGCUCUGCCAUGUCAGACGGUUCUUUGGUUCAAACGGGUGGCUUCAAUGAUGGUAUAAAUGUAGUAAGAGUUUUCAAACCGUGCAUUACUGGAAAAAGGAGCACUUGUGAUUGGCAUGAAAUGGGAAAUGCCUUAAUUCAAAGUCGAUGGUAUGCCACCAAUCAUAUAUUGCCAGAUGGCAGGCAAAUUAUUAUUGGUGGUCGUCAGGCUUUUAACUACGAAUUUCAUCCCAAGACUGAUUCGACCAAUAAUGUAUUCAGCCUACCGUUUCUUGAACAAACUAACGAUCCCGGAGAGGAAAACAAUCUAUACCCAUUUGUUUUUCUAAAUCUUGAUGGAAAUCUAUUCAUAUUUGCCAAUGACCGAGCUAUAUUGUUCGAUUACACAACGAGCACAGUGGUGAAAACCUAUCCACAGAUACCUGGUGGAGACCCAAGAAAUUAUCCAAGUACAGGUUCUGCAGUUCUUCUUCCUUUAAAGAACUUGCAGGCACAAACAACUCAAGCUGAGGUUUUGGUGUGUGGUGGAACACCAAGAGGCUCUUACCUUAAAGCAGUUGGAGGUGAAUUUUUGGGUGCAUUAAAUACUUGUGGCCGAAUUACAAUUACUGACCCGAAUCCACAGUGGACCAUGGAGACCAUGCCAUUGCCUCGGACGAUGGGGGACAUGGUGAUUCUACCAAACGGAAACAUUUUGAUCAUUAAUGGAGCUGCAGUAGGCGCUGCCGGAUGGGAAAUAGGUAGGAGCCCAGUCUUGAGUCCAGUGAUUUACCAACCCGAUAACCUACCUGGUUCUAGAUUCGAGGUACAAAAUCCGAGUGCAAUACCCAGAAUGUACCAUUCGACAGCGGUUUUACUUAGAGAUGGACGAGUUCUUGUUGGUGGUAGUAACCCAAAUGAAUUUUACAACUUCACUGGUGUUCUUUUUUCAACAGAGUUAAGCUUGGAGGCGUUCUCACCAACCUAUUUGGAUGCAGAGUCUGCUAAUUUGCGACCACAAAUCAUUUCUCCCGUUUCCCGCCACAAAUUCAAGUAUGGGCACCGAGUUAAAAUUCGAUUUUCUAUUUCCGGGUUACUAAACAAAAGUUCAAUCAAAGUGACAAUGGUUGCGCCCGGAUUUAAUACACAUUCAAACACUAUGAAUCAAAGAAUGCUGGUACUUCUAAGUGGAGUUGUAAAACAGGUUGGAAAAUCUAUCUACCAAGUGAGUUGUGUAUUUCCAAGUUCGGGUAAAUUAGCACCACCUGGUUACUACCUUCUAUUUGUGGUUCAUCAUGACAUUCCAAGCGAGGGAAUUUGGGUCAGGAUCUAUUAAUUACAUUUGACUCUGCAAAUUCUUUCAGGAUUUUUUUUUUCUUACCAAGUGUGGGUAAAGGCCUGUUUUGAUAUUUACAAGUUUUUUUUUUCCGGUUUUAGAAAGUUGUUUGUAAGCAUACAA